CCCCAAUGAAAAUGGCAGCCAUGGUUGUGAAUAUUUGUACACUCUAGUGAAUUAAAAGGAAUACUCAUUCACCUAUUUCAACGUUGAUAUAUUUGUCUAAAGAAUGAGACCAUAACAGAAUCUGGAGUUAGUUAAGUAGGCCUAUACCCCAUGGCCAAACCUUUUGAGUUCAACUGGCGUAAAACAGUGCCAGAUGCUCUAUUGAAAGGAGGGGUAUUUGAUUGCUGGGAUGAGGAAACUUCAACAUUAGAAGUAAAUUGUUUGGUGAAAGUAGAUGAAUAUGGGUUUUUCAUCUACUGGAAGAGUGAUGGCAGGGAGGGUGAAGUGUUGGAAUGUUCUCAAGUAAAUGAUAUCCGACUUGGACUGGCUCCUAAAAUAAAUGAUUUGAAAGCAAUUGCUGAACUUGAACAAAGAGGUUCGGGAACAUUAGAAUCUCGUACUGUAACAAUAUGCAGUGGUUUGGAUCUUGUAAAUAUAACUUAUACACCUAUGAUAGCAAGAGAUGCAGAAACAGCAAAGGUAUGGGUCGAAGGAUUACGUAGUAUUACAUUAAAUAUAAAAGCUAAUAAUGUAUGUCCUAUGACCCAACUUAAAAAACAUUGGAUGAAACUUUGCUUUAUGGUAAAUCCUAGUGGUAAAAUUCCUGUCAGAAGUAUUAGUCGAACCUUUGCUUCAGGUAAAACUGAAAAGAUGAUUAUGCAAUGUUUAAAGGAACUUGGGCUUCCUAGUGGAAAGUUUGAUGAAAUUGAACCAUCAGCAUUUACCUUUGACAAAUUUUAUGAAUUAUAUCACAAAAUUUGCCCAAGAACUGAUAUAGAAGAACUCUUUAAAGAACUCUCUGGGGGAAAACCAUAUUUAACCACUACACAGUUAAUAGACUUCUUCAAUGAGAGACAAAGAGAUCCUAGACUCAAUGAAAUAUUAUUCCCAUUUUACAAUUCCAAUAGAGUGUCGCAGAUUAUUGCUACAUACGAAAAUGACAAAGAAUUCAUAGAAAAGGGUUACCUGAAUUUAGAUGGUUUUUGUAGAUAUCUUAUGGCUGAUGAGAAUGCUCCAGUAUUUUUAGAUAGAUUAGAUAUAUAUGUAGAUAUGGAUCAACCAUUGGCUCAUUACUUUAUUAAUUCAUCACAUAAUACAUAUCUAACAGGGCGCCAGUUUGGAGGGCGAUCAAGUGUUGAAAUGUACAGACAAGUUCUUUUAUCAGGUUGCAGAUGUGUAGAAUUAGAUUGUUGGGAUGGUAGAAAUGAAGAUCAAGAACCAAUUAUAACACAUGGUAAAGCUAUGUGUACAGAUAUCCUUUUUAAAGAUGUAAUAAUGGCAAUCAAAGAAACUGCAUUUGUAACUUCUGAAUAUCCUGUUAUUUUAUCAUUUGAAAAUCAUUGCAGCAAAUUUCAACAGUAUAAGAUGUCCAAGUAUUGUGAAGAUAUUUUGGGUGAUUUCUUGUUGAAACGGCCUAUAGAAGGUGUACCACUUGAACCUAUUGUACCAUUGCCAUCACCAAAUCAACUUAAAAAGAAAAUACUGAUAAAGAAUAAACGGCUCAAACCAGAAGUUGAAAAAAGACAACUAGAAUUAUAUCAGAAAGGAUUAAUGCAACAGAUUAAUGAAGACGGUGAUAAUUUGGAAGAUCCUAAUCUAGGUAGUAAUGUAGAAGGUGAAGAAGGUCCAUUAAAUGAUGUGGAGAAUUCUAGCAGUUCCAGUAGUGAAUCGUCUCAAGUAGGCGAACCAGUUACGACUAAGCCUGACACUGAAACUCCAGUUACUCCUACACCAGCUACAACAGGUCCCGAUACUGAUGCUCAUCCUGAAUUACAUAUUGUACAUGUUCCUCAAGAAAUAGAGAUUGAUGAUACAGAUAAUGAUAUACCACCAAAGGGUACAUUAACAGCUGAUGAGGAAGCAGCUCUUAUGUCAACUUACCAUUAUACUGGAGCUACAACUAAUAUACAUCCCUACCUCUCAGCUAUGGUUAAUUAUGCUCAACCUGUUAAAUUCCAAAGUUUUGAAAUGGCAGAAGCUAACAAGAAGUGUUACCACAUGUCAUCUUUCAACGAGAAUACAGCUCUAGGUCUUAUUAAACAUACUUGUAUAGAUUUUGUUAAUUAUAAUAAACGUCAGAUGAGUAGAAUAUAUCCUAAAGGUGGUCGAGUUGAUUCCAGUAAUUAUAUGCCACAGAUUUUCUGGAAUGCUGGAUGUCAAAUGGUCUCUUUAAAUUUUCAAACAGCUGAUUUGGCUAUGCAGCUGAAUCAAGGAAAGUUUGAAUACAACAACAACUGUGGGUAUCUAUUGAAACCUGAUUUUAUGAGACGACCAGAUCGUACAUUUGAUCCAUUCUCCGAGAGUCCUGUAGACGGUGUAAUAGCUGCUCAUUGUUCUGUAGAGGUGAUAUCGGGUCAGUUUUUAUCAGAUAAGAAGAUAGGAACCUAUGUAGAAGUUGAUAUGUAUGGUUUACCAACAGAUACUAUCAGACGUGAAUUCCGCACCAGAGUUGUACCAAAUAAUGGUCUUAAUCCAGUUUAUAAUGAAGAGUCCUUUGUCUUUAGAAAGGUUGUAUUACCAGAAUUAGCUGUAUUACGUAUAGCUGUUUAUGAAGAAACCGGUAGACUAAUUGGACAGAGAAUAUUACCAUUAGAUGGCCUACAAGCAGGUUAUCGUCACAUAUCAUUACGAACAGAAGGAAAUUUUCCAUUAUCACUUCAAACAGUAUUUUGUCGUAUCAUAUUAAAAACUUAUGUACCAGAAGGUUUUGGAGAUUUUGUGGAUGCUUUGUCAGCUCCAAUCCAAUUUUUAUCUAUGGCUGAAAAACGGGAGAAACAGAUGAGAGAUAUGGGUAUUGAUGAAACAGAUAUUGUUGAUGUACCAGUUGUAGCUAAAUCUAAUAAAACACCUGUGCAAAACAAAACAUCUAAUGGACAAUUAACUGCUAAUUCAACCUCGCCUAGUGUGCUUCCAGAGACAGCUAAUGUACCAAAAAAAGAUGAUAAAAAAGGAGAAGAACUCAGUUUUACACCUAUUUCCCGGGAGAAACUCAAGGAUGAAAAAGUUUAUUUAAAACUGUUAAAAAAGCAACUAAAGGAUUUAGAAGUUUUGAAAAAGAAACAUCAAAAAGAAAAGGGUUUUAUUCAAAAACAGCAAUGUACCAUUGUAGAUAAAAUGGUAGCUAAUCACGAUAAAGAAAAAAAUGCAACUGAAAAAAACCUGGAGAAAAAAAUGAAGAAAAAGGGAGAGAGCUCUUGUAUUAAUCUUAAAAGUGAGACAGAAGGUAAAGUGAAGAAUCUGGUAUCUGAUCAUCAAUCUAAGGUAAAAGGUCUGGUGGCUGAUCAAACUAAAGAAUGGUCUGAAAUGUUGGUACGUCAUAUACGAGAAGAACAUGAUCUACGUUUUGAACAUAUACGACAACAAAAUGAUCUCCUUGUUCGUUUACUUGAAGAUGCACAUUUAGAACAGUUAAAAGAGUUGGAGGCUCGACAAGACAGAGAGAAUAAAGAAUUAAAAGGAAAUCAAGCUAAACAUUCUAUGGAUUCUAGUAAAGCUGUAUUAAAUGAUAAAUCUGUUAAAUAUAAAACAGAAAGAGACAGGCGAAUACGAGAAUUAAAUGAAAACAACAUGAAGAAAUUUAUUGAAGAAAGAAAAAGGUUAGCAAUGAAACAUUCACGGCAAGUAGAAGUAUUGAAAAAAAUGCAACAAGAACAAAUUGAAAAAGUACAAGAAGAAAAUACAGAGUCGUUGGAAAUGGCAAACAUGGCAUUAGAGGAAGCCAAGUUAGCAACCAAACCAGAAACAGUUGUGUAAAAUAAUAAUAGGUUUAUACUAGAUGUAUUUAGUGACUAGAUAUCACUCUAAUGCAUCAUAUAGUUUUAGACUUUAUCUAUUGAAAUCUACUUUAACAAUGUCUAGCACCUAUAUCUACAUCUCAUAUAUAAUAAAGGUAGACAGUUAGGUUAAAAUCCCUUAUCAUCAUGUGUUUACCAGUCUGAUUAUGUGUUUCAUAUUGAACCUUCCUCACCUAAAUAGAAGGAUAUGAGAGUGUGCUAAAUCUACGAUUGAAUUAUAUGUUGAUGAAAUACAUAAUAUUUGUGAUAAUAAGUUUAUAAUAAAGGUU